AUGGUCGACUUGUCAUGGAACAGAGGCAUGAUUGCCGAGUCUCGACCCUCAGGAAUGAAACCAACCGUCCCUACCAUGAACCCACAACCGCAAACAUCCACUGGGCGUUUCGAGCCUUGUGCGUCAACGGCGUCGCUUUUUCUAUACGCACAGGGCUCCGUGAUCUCGUGCCUUCACCAUGAUACCUUGGCGCUCGAGAGACGUUUUGAGAAUCACCAGGAGGACAUUGAGUUCAUAUCAGUUGAUAAUGUCAGUGAGCGGGGUGCUGGUAGACUUGUGCUGAGUUACGAUGUUGGCAAGACUGCUAUCGUUUGGGACAUUUUUACAGGGACGGUGAUUGCGAGAUUUGCAUCUUUUGAACAACUCAAAGUGGCCACCUGGAUGCGGAAUGGGAACGUAGCCUUCGGGAACGAGAAGGGCGAUGUUAUUAUUUUUGAGCCAUCGACCUCGGAGCAUAUUUCCUGUCGCACCAUCUUCGAUCCCAUAACCGCUCUUGCACCAGCUACAGACUGUCGAACAUAUGCAAUUGGAUAUCAAAACGGCUCUAUAAUGAUCGCUACGCUUCACCCCACGUUCACAAUUUUACAUACUAUGAACACCUCACGAGGACCGUCAUCUAUACUCUCCUUAGCGUGGCAUGCCUCGUCUUCUAAGCAGAAAUCCGAUAUGCUAGCGACACUGUCGGUAAACGGUGACUUGCGGGUGUGGAGCGUUGCAAAGCCACCAGGAAAAGAGCCUCCUCGGGUCAUCAGGGUCCUGAAACGAUCAGAUGGCUCGCCGCCAUCUGAGCCAAAAUGGAUGGCUUGGUCAAAGAAUGGAAGGAUUGUACAGUAUCUUGACGGAGAAACAUGGGCUUGGGAUGUCCGAACGAAACAUGUCACGUACGAGCCAGUCCCCACAGUCGAUAACCCCCGCGGGUUUGCGAAUUAUGGGCCGACAGCUACACUUUUCACCCUCGGGCCGCAGUUCACCGUUCAGCAGUAUGAUGUCGAAGCCCCAACAAUGGUGGCCAAUGUACAACAUGUCCCGGCUAGCGCUAUGCCUCUUCUUCAGGAUCCAGGGAAGCUGCGGACGUUGGAGGACCCGCCUACGAUCAAAGAGCCCGCAAAUACCUUCAACCCUAGAAGAACGCCAUUUGAUUUGAAUGGGGUAGAGGCUGUUCGGCAACAACGUGCAGAGCUUGGUAGUCCAGCUUCUUCGAGAAGCCAUGCAAACUCGGUCAGUUCAAAGGCGUCCUCAGGGAAGUAUAGGAUGGCUACGUUUUCGCCGCCAAGCAGGUCUGGAGCAACUGGAACGUCAUUUUCUUUGACAUCUGCAUCCGGACGGGAUACUCCCCAGGCGUCUGGAGCUUCAUACGCUUACGCCUCUUCUGUAUCAAUGUCUUCUGUCAAGAGCUCUCGUGCUGGGGGGUCGCGGCUGAGAAACGAAGUUCAACUCAGCCCGGCGGAUAGGCCUAAUGACCUGUUCCCCUUUACACGCGCACGUUUGAACGACGUGCCCUAUGGGCAUCAUCAACCGCUGGAUGAAUCUUGCCUGACUCCAGAUGAUCUACGACAACAGAUGCUCAGUGUUGUAUUUGGUUUUGACGGUGAUAUUGAAGGAUUGAUUCGAGACGAACUCAGUCAUCAUGCUCCUACAAGCCACCACGCUGUUUUGUUAGCUCAAUGGCUCGGGGAAUCCGACACGGACAAUAUGGUAUCAAUGAUCAGCUCUGGGCCUGCAACAGUCACCGACUGGAUGCUUCUCGCUUUCAGCCAAAUGUCUGGGGAGUCGCAAUCAAACAAAUUCGGGCAGGCCUUCGUUCAGAAGCUACUUGAGAUCGGCGAUAUACACACGGCGGCUACCAUAUUACUGGCGCUUGGCGAUAGGAACGAUGCGAUCGAGGUCUAUGUUUCUCAGAACUACUACAUGGAAGCGAUUUUGAUGACCUGUCUUGCCAUGCCUACGGACUGGCAACGCCAGUCAUAUCUUGUCCGACGGUGGGGUGAACACGUGGUGUCGCAUUCUCAGCAGCAGUUGGCAAUUCGAUGUUUUAUGUGUACAGGCGCUGAGCCCUCGGAGCCAUGGACAUCUCCUGCCGCUCAACAAGCAGCUUCAUUUUCGGAGGUCAUCACCAAGAGACCGCAGAUGAAAUCCCCCGAACCACCAUAUGCCAAUCCAGCCAAUUUGAUGGUCCCAACUACGCAAGCUAGACCUGCAGCUGCUAAUACCAGACAAGUCGCGAAAACACCGGCUCUCAAGCUGAUUACAUCUUUUGACUCGCAACCGAGUCACAAGUUCAACUUUCCCGGUUUAAAGUCAGAUGAUAGGACGCCAACGAAUGCCCCAGGGGUUACGCCAAUAGCUGAGUCGGCCGUGGUUGAGUCGGCUCUCUCGCCCGGCGGAUUCGGUUCAUACAAACUCAACAACAUUCAGAGCUUGAACAACGCGAUGAACGGACGAACGAACACGCCUGCUUUUAAUAGGCGCCGCCUUCCGUCUAUUGGAGAAACGCCGGUUGAUGUUCAUCCUCCAACCUUCGCGUCGGCCGCGUACAACAGCAGACCCACUGUGGACUAUGGAUCAACUUCUGAGAGCGAGGACGUCCAGGCUCGACAACAACUGGAAGACAACGGAGAUAGUGAAGGUCUUGGCUUACUGUCAUCCGCCCGAUACGAUCCGGAAGAAUACAAGCCUAGUCCUCAAACUGCGGUUCAGGCAACGACGGACCAGUUCGCAGGUAUCAAGGGCCUUCCGUCCCCAGCUGCCGGUGUCUUCGAGGCGCUAAAGGAGCGCUCUGACAGUAGAGCGAGUACUCGAGAACGGAAGCCAGAGGGCUUGCAACUCCACCUGGGUAGUUCCUCCCAGACCGACACGCAAGAGCAGCCCAAUAUGCUUGCAAAUUUCUCCAGAAGUCCAGCAUCAACAUUGAACAGCUUCAGUUCGGCCAGAAGUCCUAGCGUGAGCAAUCGAAGCAUUGAUCAAUAUAUCAGUAGUCUGGGCGAGGCGAGCUAUCACUCGCUGAAGUACCAACCUCCGACUGUGAAUACUCCCGGGCGAGGACGAAGGAACACGGACGAUGCGGUUAGUCAAACCUCUAGUCGGAGGUACCGAUCCAGAAAUGAUUCCCAGGAGACUCGUGGACGACAUGAGAAAAGGUACAUACAGCCAGCCAAGCGCUCGCCGUCCUCUCCGGUCCCAAUGUCACCUGAGGAGCUGGCACGGAUCAAUGCGAAUGCCGCAAACAAGCCAUCGUCUAGGACUCGCAGUGCUAGCCGAGUACGGAAGCCGCGCUCACGCAAUUCUUCCGAACGCCGUCAGAAUCGUUCAGCAAGCCGCAAUACCGCCAGCCGGCUCAACACCGAAAGCUCGCAACGAGGACGUAGCAUGGACCGACAAGGCUCAAGCAUGAGAUCUCCCUCGUCUCCGCUUCCACUCCCUACAAUGACACCAGAUGAUGCUUUGAGGCUAGUGGCGAGCGAUAGGGAGCGUCUGCGAACUCGCCAACGAAGUGGUAGCCGGCGUGCGGACAAGAAUAUGGGCACGAAAGGAGACGAAGCGAGACGUCCUCGAGCAGAUUCUCGUAGCCAUUCCGAGUUGGAGGUUCCAGCCAACGUCGAGCAAGACUCUGUUAUGGUCUUACAAGAUGGAAAGUUUCCCAGCAUGAUGUAUGUUGAUGGUAACAAUCAGGAAGUCAAAGAACUUGAGGCAGAGCUAGCACGCGAAGCUCCCCCGACGGCCAAUAGCCAUGCCGCUCUCAUUGAGCAAAGGAGAAAGCAGCUUGCAGCUGCUGAACUCGAAGCACGUCGGCUAUCCCUGGCGCGCAAUCCAUCUGCGCCGAACAUUCCGUUCCCUGGAGAAUUGCAGUCCGCCCGGACAGCUCCGGAGAGUCCACCAUUCUCGGCGGCUUCGUCAUUCACACCACAUACUCCUGGUCGACACAGGCCUACUGCAAGUAAAGGGUCGCCUGAUGGUCCUAGCGGUUUCGAGUCUAAAUCUCCCAAAUCAACAGUGCCCUUUGGGUUGCCAGCGACUCCAAGGGCUAUGCGACACCCAAAGUACAAUGGAUACGAGGAGACUGUAGCCGUACCUCCUGUGCCGGACAGUUCUAUAUUAUUGAGCGACGCAAGAUAUCAAGGAGAAGCAGAGAGGAUUGGCCGAUCAAUGUCGGUUCCGGUCCCUGAAACCCAGCCGUCCGGCCUCGUGCCUGCCGACAUACCAAUGCAUCCACGCUUUGAUCCACGACUACCCAGGAGUCGAUCGACAAGUCGAUCACGAGGUAUCGGACAUCAUCGAGACAGUAGUGGAAAUAGCUAUGGCGGCUCGCCUGUCACAGUGAGCAUUGAAGAGACCAUCGAGAAUGCGGUCUCGGUGCAGCAGGCCGAAAACCCUCCCAUCUUGCCGCAGCUCCAGCAUCUGAACCCUCCGCCACCCCCGCCCCCACCUGCUCCUCCAUUGGCCUCACCUCGUCAGUCUUCAGGCACCAUUGACAUUGCAUUCGAUAACGAGGACUUUGGACGGCUACUUCCUCGCGCGAUGACCGCUGCUCCGACGUUGAGCACUGAUAGCCGUCCAGGCUUAGAACACCGUCGCAUGUCUUUCGAGCAUCGACGGGGCCGCAGCGUGAACGAAAGCUUGAGCACGAAGAUCCGCAAUCUGACUCGUGUGAGUCAUAGCAAAAGCAAUGAGCCCUGGGUCUCUGCGGAGAUCCAUAUCCCCUACGAAAGCGUGCAGGUGAUGGAUGGUCGGCUGUAG